CUUGAUAUGUGCUUCUACUAAACGCCUAUAAAUACACUGCAUAGGGCUCAUAACCUCCUACACCACCUUUUCUAUUCGCUCGCUCGCUCUCUUAUUACUUCUUUCAUCCUCCCUCGAAUCUUCUUACGAGAGAACCGCCACGCAGCAAAUCACGACGAUGGAGAAGGAGAAGAAGAUGUUCGUGUUGAAGAGCUCCGACGAUGAAUCCUUUGAAGUCGAUGAAGCCGUCGUACUCCAAUCUCAGCACUUGUCGCAUGUUGUUGAAGACUGCACCGGUCGUGAACACAAGAUUGAGAAUGUCACAGGCAAGAUCCUCGCGAAGGUGGUCGAAUACUGCGAGAACCACGUCGCCGUCGUCAACGACGGUGGUGCCAAUUCUUCUUCCUCCUCCUCCGCUGGUGAUGCUUUCAAGAAGUGGGACGAUAAGUUCAUCAAGGAAAUGGAUCUGUCGACGGUCUACGAUCUCAUCAUGGCUGCGGACUACCUAGACAUCAAAGGUCUUUUUGAUCUCACGUGCCAGGGAGUCGCUGACGUGAUCACGGCGUGCAAAGACCAUAAGGAGAUUCGUGCAACGUUCGGCCUCGUGAAUGACUACACAGCAGAGGAGGAAGCAGAGGUUCUCAAGGAGAACGAGUGGGCUUUUGAUUGAAUGAAUGAGUGAGUGGGUUAAUCUAAACCCUAGCUAGAUUUUCUUUUCGAGUCUUUGUGAUCGUUUAUGAGAUGAACAUGGCUUUCUUGUUUUGAUUUUAGUGAAUCUUUAGAACCUUUCUUGACUCUUACGCAAAAAGAUUGAGUGAAAAACAGAGGAUGUUGUUAAACUGCAUAUAUCUAGAAGAAGUUUUGUA